GUGGCAGCAGCAAUGUCAUCGGCGGUGAACGACUACGCGGGACUGGGCUAUCUGCUUCUCGUCUGUUCUGUGACCUGCGCUGCAGAUUUGUGCAACUGGCGCGGAAGUGGGCUGGUGCGGGAGCCUCACACGCGGACAGUGCAGCAGGUACGGCUGCGUUGCACCGAGGGUGCCGUGGAGUGGGUCUACCCCAGCCAGGCGCUGCGGGUCGUCCUGGAGCCCAACCUGUCCUCCACGCGCCACACCACCAUCUGCAUCAAGCCCUUCCGCAGCUUCCGCGGCGCGAGCGUGUACAUCGAGCGCGCGGGAGAGCUCAGCCUGCUGAUGACGGAGGGAGGGCGGCCAGAGCAGGUGCACUGCUUUCGCAUCGAGGGCCGGCAGACACCCGCGAUAUUCCUGCAGGCUAGCCCUCAGGGGGACAUCAGCCGGCGCGCAGUGGGUUUCCGCUACGAGCUGCUGGCUAAUCAGAGUGCAUCGCCUGACUUUCGCGACACUGUUCUACAAGCCGUGUGCAGGCCCUGUAAUGACACGGAGCUGCUCCUGGCCGUCUGCAGCAGUGAUUUCGUGGUCCGGGGCUUCAUCAGGAAUGUGUCCCAUGAUGCCGAGCGGCAGACGUCACUGGUGUAUGUGUCUGAGGGAAGAGUGUACCGGCAGCGCAGCAGGGCUUUCUCGCGUGGGAGGGGGGCCCCGGGCGCGUGGCGGGGCCCCAUCCGGACGCUGCUGCAGUGCCAGGCACGGGCGGGGCCGGGCGACUUCCUCUUCACGGGCACGGAGCAUUUUGGGGAAGCCUGGCUGGGCUGUGCCCCGCGGUACAAGGACUUCCUGUCUGUGUACCGAGCGGCCCGGCGGGAUCGGCAGAACCCCUGCGAGUUCCCACUGGACUGACCGCAACACUGCCCCUCAUCUCCAUGGCAACGUAUGCUGCUGAGAGGCUCCACCUACUUAUUAUGCUCCUCCCACUGUAACCCAGAACUGAAAGAGCAACACUGUUGGCUCCGGCCAUUACCGAAUUUGCCGUUGUUUUGUACCUGCAAUAAAGGUGCAAGCCUUCAGCACAGCCUACUGCUAUGCAGGGGACAUAGGGACACAUUCCUCCCCCCAUACAACCAGAAAGGAGAACAAAAUGAGUGGAGGAAAGGAGUCUGAGUAUUUUUUAGUGUUGGGACACACCCCAGGGGUUGGAGCGAACCUACAGGAGGCUAGAUCUCCAGGAACAGGUUUAGGCAGACCUGUAUUACACUGUCAGGGGUUUCGGUGAAAACAUGGAACUUACUGGAAGGACAUUGUUGUAAAAAGUUUAUAAAAGUAUAAUUUCAGGUAUUCUCUCCAGAAUUAUGGCCCUUCAAAGAUAUAUUCUUUAGUAAAAGUAAAAUCUUUAUGACAAAGAUUAAGUGAAGUCCUUUUUAUAGACAGAAAUGUGAGAGAGCCCAAAAAGCUAAGCUAUUUCAAAUUAACUGCUUGAAGCUGACAAAACAUACAGAGGGUAUAUGGAAUAGACUCCUAUUUUUUUAAGACUUAAAUGUGUUAAUUGCUUUUACCAUAACCAAGAAACAAAAGGAAGACUAACUUUUUAUGAGUCAAUGUUUUCAUUGUGUAUGUUGUAUAGAGCACAGCCAAAUGUUAUUUUUAGUGUGUAGAUGUAUAUGUUUGGUUCAAUACAGGGUAUGCAUGAUGAUAGCACAAUUAAAAAUGACUAUUUUUAUUCAGUUCAGAGAUGGUUGAGGAAAAUGCAGCACUUUUUACCUUUCUCCUGUAACUGUCAUCCAUAUGUUCACAUAAAUGCAUCUGUUUGAUCAUGUGUCUUCAUUUAUGAGUUGUAUUUAUACCAGUGCUACAUAAAAACAGAUCCGUAAA